AUGCGUAAACCUGACCGCAUACCUACCAGAGAUCCGCUUUUCCAGAGGGGGAAAUCAGUGACCGAGAACCUCACUCUCUCUCUAAACCUGAACUUGCGAGCUCCAAAUCAUACUGUACGCAGUCGAGCAGCUGAGCAAGUCCACUCACGAGCCCGCCAAGUUGUCUAUGAUGUUACCACUAAAGGGGCUCGCCUCAAUGAGAAUAAGAAGGCUGUCUUCGACAUCGACAUCGAUCAUCUACGGUCCCUAGCUAGACUCCGGAGAGGGGCGGCUCAGUCUCACGUAGAUAGGUGUCGAGAGGGCCGACGAGCAAUUGAGGAUUCCUCCUUGAGGUUUCGGCAAGAGGUGCUGAAGGAGCAGCAACACCUGUAUCGUAUUGAUAAGCACUAUGGUAGCACAGAGGAGGAGCGCUUCCAGCUCAAGGUUCGGCAUGGGCCUCUGGCCAGGAGUGUCUCCCAGAAGUUGCUAAGGCAAGAAAGGGAUGAGGUCGGCUAUCAGCGACCUGCCAAGAAGCGAGGACAGCGUGGUGGGAAGUCCGCAGGCUCCAAGAAGACGUAUCUGCCGAGUUGCAGCCGCUACUCUUAUCAUCGAGUCGUUGGUAUGCUCUAUCAGGACGUGGGUAUUCGGACCGGCGCUGGCUCCAGCCCAUGUCCCUGCCCAUAG